AUGACAGACUCGGAGCGAUCUCGGCGAACGGAAAACUGGAUUCCAACAUCCACCCGCGGCGGCGUCUAUUACUGUCCUAGAUACCUCCUAGACCCUCCCUCUACACAACAAAGCCGAUUGCCGACGCCGCCCAUCCGCGCUCGUCAAGUCAGACCGCGAUCAAUACAUAUUACGUCGUGGCCUUCGGGCUUCGUCCCCCACGAACUUAGACCCCAACCAGAGCGCCCCGCAAAGAGGAGAAAGCCGACGAACGCCGUCUCGCCAACCACGACAUCGCUCGGGAAGGCCUCACUCAAGUUCAGCAUCAAGCAAUUCUUCUCGCUCUCCCAAAAGCAAGUCCCGAGCCGGUCUGCAUCGCGCGCAUCCACCCUCUCGAGACCACCCAGCAGAGCAGCGAGCAUUCUUAACCGUCUCUCUACCUACAGAGAGGUAGACCUAGUAGUCCCGGAGGAGGAUACGAUGGCACUACGGUCAGCAGCCAUGGCCGAGGCCUUGCGACCACCUCUGAUGAGCGCUGCGUACAACACGCCAGGACAGCGAAGCAGCCUAAUGUCGGUCCGUAGCGCCAAAAGCAACGUCACAUCACAGGUCACCGAAAUCCCCAAACCUGUUGCACACGGCAGCGGUGUUAGCUGCUCGAUUCUCAUGGCCGAGCCCAACAUCUUUUUGACCGGCUUCGAACAUGAUGGUCAUCGCCAACAUUCCCAGGGAGGAACUGCGCUUCUGCGCGGAAAGCUGCAAUUGAAGGUGACCAAAAACGUGAAAAUUAAGGGUAUAAGCCUGAAGUUGGUCGGCAAGGCGAGGACUGAGUGGCCUGAGGGAAUCCCGCCCCUCAAGGUUGACCUUUACGAAGAAGAGUCGCUACGGACUCAGGUGUUGACUUUUUUCAACGCCGUGAAUGAUGGGUGGGAAACGGAGUACGGCAACCAAUGCGUAUACGCCCUGAAGAGCAGCUCUUCCAAUUCGUCAUCGACAAACCUGGUGUCAGGAUCCCCGCGCAACUCCAUUUCACCAUCGAUCCUUUCGAUUCCCCCCAACAGACAAGGCCUCACGGCCAAGGAGCUGAAGCGCCUCUCCCUUCAAUCCAACCAAUCUCGCAGUUUCGGCAAGGGCGACAAUCCCAAUGGCAACCAGGCCAAGGGCUACAAAGUUUUCUACCCCGGUGUUUACGAGUACACUUUCGAAUUGCCAAUCGACCAUCACCAACUCGAGACGACUAAACUGCAAUAUGGUUCCGUCAAGUGGGAGUUGCAGGCUACCGUUGAGCGAGCCGGCGCUUUCAAGCCCAACCUGCACGGUUCCAAGGAGGUGACCAUUGUGAGAGUGCCAGAUCAGCUCUCACUGGAAAUGACAGAACCCAUCUCGAUUAGCCGGCAAUGGGAGGACCAAUUGCACUACGACAUUAUUAUUUCUGGCAAAUCGUUUCCGAUCGGCACGAAAAUCCCAAUCGCCUUCAAGCUUACACCGCUCGCCAAGGUCCAGGUUCACAAGCUCAAGGUGUUUGUCACGGAGUCCAUCGAGUACUGGACUAAUGACCGACGAGUCACACGUAAAGACCCAGGCAGGAAAAUUCUUCUGCUCGAGAAGACUGCCGGAAAGCCUCUGGACCCUGCAUAUGCAUCAUCGGACGUCCGCGUGGUUAAUGGUGGUGAGCUGACACCGCGCCAACGCCGGGAGGCCCGGGAGGCUGCAGCACUGCGCCGCGCCGCCGACGCAUCUCGUCAUGGCGUGAUUCCGGAGCCCCUGCCAGAGCCGGUCGACAACAUCUUGGGUGACUUGGACCUUGGCCUCGAGAGUUACUGGGGUUCGACCGAGAUUGAGAUGAAUGUUCAAUUGCCGACGUGCGAGACCAUGGCCAAGGACAAGCAGUUGCGCUUGCAUCCCGACUGCAGUUGGAAGAAUGUCAAUGUGUACCAUUGGAUCAAGAUCGUCAUGAGGAUUUCCCGCAUCGACCCCGAAGACCCUACGGGUACUAAGCGCCGUCACUUUGAGAUCAGCAUUGACUCGCCGUUUACGGUACUCAACUGCCGCGCGACGCAGGCUAACACGGCACUGCCCGAGUACUCGGGCCCUGAUAGCUGCACAACCCAAAGCCGCCAGACUUCAUGCGGAUGCCCUGACGCAGUUACUAUUGCUGGGCCUCCUGAGGGAUCCCCGAACAACCUGUCGACAGGCGCCCUUAACGUCACUGAUGCGACAACUGAGAUGCCGGCACCGCCACAAGCAGCUCAUCUUCCCUCGUCCCCAACGCCUACGCCUGGUACCGGCCCCCGGUCCUCGCCGCCAAGUUCCCAGACCGCGGUAGAUCCGCUCGACAACCAAGCCCGGCCGAUCCACCUGCUUCGCGUGCCCUCAUACAACCCGCCUGCCUUUGACGCCGAGACGCCUCCGCCUCCGGCUGAAAAUGGCCGGCCUGUUCAGACACCGCCGCCUCAAUACGAUGUCAUUGUCGGCACCCCCAGUGUGGAUGGUCUCGCUGACUACUUUGCGCGGCUCGCGGACUACGGCUACGACGAACCUGAGGAUGAUUCCGAUUCAGACGAGGGUCCGGCACGCAUCUCGGAGCGCGGUGGUCGGGUUAACGUCGCCCACCCACGUACGCCUGGCGGCCGACGAGCGCCGAGCCGAAGCUUGGACAUCCAUCGUCCACCUGUGGAACUGAGACUGGAGUCACUACCUCAAGUUGGACGACGCCAAUAA